UCAGGCCAUAACUUUGGGUCCCGUUUUCCCGAUUCCCAUUGCGGCAUUCGAUCCUGAACACGAAACGAUCUAAAAAAAAUGGAGGAAGCAUCCGGGGAAACUAAUCAGACUCCGAAAGAAAAUUCUCGGGAUACUGGGGAAGUAGCUGGGGAUCAAGUAACUGUCGGAGCAGAAGUAAACCACGAUGUUGACAAGACUUUAUAUGAUGCUGAAGAAUUUCUUUCAAACUUUGCUGGUUUGCGUGAUGAAAACGAACAGCUGAAACAAGCUAACCAUGAAUUGCAGUUGCAGCUUGAAAAGGCUAGGCAAGAUAUUGAACAACUGCAGUUGGACAAGCAAACACUGGAAGCACAAUUAUUACAAGAAAGGGAACAGAGUAAAGAGGAAUUAUGGAAAGUUCGGUCCGAGUUUCAGGCGUUACAAGAUGAGCGCCUGCAAUGGAAAGAAAAAUAUUUAAAUGUGUGCAUGAAGGCUGCAAAUCAACCGACAGGUUUAGGAGAAGGCUCAACCUCCUCAGGAAACAAAAGCAAAGGAUUAAAACGAAAACAGGGGUCGAUGAGCAAUCUGAACGAAAGUAAUUCAGAUGAUUUUUACUCGAAUUUAUCAUCAACGUUUGGUCUGAACGACCAGGACGAUCAACAACCAGAGGGUAGCCUCUCGCCACAGAUCACAUGCAUACCAUCACUUGAAGAAGCGCUGGUUACAAUUAAAGAACACGAAUUGGCAAACUCUCUUAAGUUCAGCGUUCAUUCGGUAACGAAGGACUUCGGCGUUACUGAUUUUACAAAGAACGCUCACAAGGUUUACUGGUCUGAUGGGAUUGUAGCAUUUUCAGGAGUACCUUUUUUUUUGGUGGGAUGUAAAGUUUUGGUUUGCCAGUUUGGAAGAGAUCGUAACGGCGGGAUAAAACAGAGAAGCAAAUUAAACAAAGCUUCUUUGCAUUAUCUUGGCUACAGUAGUAAAACUAGGCGUGAACAAUCGAGCAAAAAAUGCGACUGCUCUGCUCAAGUACAGAUAAAAGAAAUUAUACAAUUUCCUGAAGACAAGGUCUUCACAGAUACCACUCAUAAUCGAAGAAAGAUGUCAUCAAAGUUGCGCGACGCUCUUAAAAAAUACGCAUGCGACGUUAAAUUCAACCGGCAGUUUAUCGUCAUUAUACCCAACGUGGGAACCCAUCGUGGACAUUCACCGCCCAAGGUUGUUGCGAAAAUUCUUUAAUGUUCAAAGCCGGUCAACUGCAAACUUGUCGGGUUCGUUAUUUUGCAACCUAGUGCCCAGAUUACGUUAGUAGUUUGAUUAUUUUGCAUUAUACCUUGACGAAAGAGUUCUAUUUCGGUUGGCGGCAUAAUGCUUGAAAUGGUUUCCGUUUUUUAUUUUAAGGAGGAUAGCUACAAAUAAGUACCAAAAAGAAAUUUUUUGGUUAAUAUUUUGUAAUGUUAUUUAUAAAUUUUUUAUUGUAGCUAAUUUAUUGAUUAUUCCACUUUUUUUUUCAAAAAUCAUCACGGCACUACACGGCGUUUUGGACUAAAUUUGGCGUUUAAAAAGAAACUUUAGUCCCCUUACUUCAUUAAGUACAAAUUAAAAAAGAUAAUUAAUUAUAAACCUAUGACGCUAUAGAAAUUGCUUUGUUUUUACAGUUUUCUUAAGCGAAAUAUUUAGGCCUGAGACCUGAUGUCAAUUAUACCGCGCCUUUUGAUUGGUUAAGGCGUGAGUAUACAAAAAAGGGUGUGAUAUUUUAAAAUGCUUUUAAUUCACCAAAACUUUAUUUGAUAUAUUAAUGUAUAUAUUUUUAGAAAGCCUAUAUGAUUACCUAUAUAAUCCUAUAAAAAUUAUUAAGAAAAAAUAAAGUUUGAAGGUUUAAUAGACACGAAAAAAAAAAUGACCCUCUCCUACAAAUGCGAUCUGUUUUACAAAACUACUAAUUUCUCAAGUUUGCUGCUUGCUUUUUUUGUUAUCACAAGACAUUGAUCUAAAAACGAUUAUUUAUUUUUUUCUUAAUGUUUUUUACUUAUGGAGUUAUUUAGUAUUAAAUUUUUUUCCACAAAGUUUUGUUGUCAGAAAACUCAUCAUAACUCGCGUUUUGCUCAUUCUCAAGAAAUAAAAAAAACUUUUUUAGAUCAAAAAUCCUCUCACGCAAGCACGAUCUCCACCCCAUAUCCUUUAUAGUUUUGUAAAAGAGAUUUAAAACGUAAGUGAUACUCUCUUAAAAAUUUAACACUGUGAAAAAGAGCUUUUAAGUUUCUCACAGAAAACUUAUACUUCUGCAUAAUAAUUGAUCACUAUGGUAACGACCAUUUUGUUAACAGGUUUUUUCUCAUCUUCUGUUUAUGCCGCACAUGUUAGCUUAAUUCGCAAUACACCUUUACGAUAAUUCAAUUGUACAUGCGUUCCUGCGGCUCUCCAUCGUUUUACAAUAUUGAAAAAAGGAGGUAAAAAUCUUGUUUUUAUGAGAGUUUGUUAGAGACGAAAGCGUGUUUUCUCCAGUGUUUUAACUUCCGAACGAUAAAGUUUGUUAUCAUGAGAUGGCGCCAAAUUUGAAUAAAUAUACAGACCGGAAACCUUCAAUGACAAAUCGAACGUGCAAUAUGGUGGCUUCAUCUUUCUUCCUUGGUUUUUUACUUUCUUUAUCUUUACUCGCUAUUUUAUUGGCAAGUUAAGUAGUACAAAAUAAUAAAAAUAUGUUCUUUACAUGUUGUUCAACAUUUUCGCCAUUUUGAUCUUCAACUUUGUGUAUAUUGACCCCGUGACCAUCACAAUAAAGACAAUUAUAUUCCAUUGUUUUUUAAUGUAGCCACCCGUUUGACAAAUGCGUAAAAAUACUCAAUUAUAAAUAAUUCAGCACUCACAAAAUUGUAAACAAAAUGAUGUAUGGUUUAUAGUUAUAGUUUAUGGAGCAAGCGAGCAAGCCAAUCAGUCUGUUCUUUAAAAUCAACACUUAUCAUAAACUUUUAUUCAGCAGCCGUGCCGCAGCGCAGUUCGCCUCUUCUUUUCCUGGCCUUAUAUCCUGUUUUAUGCUCCGUUAUUGUCAUUGAAAUGAAAAAUUGAGCUAGUUAUCAACUUUAAACUUUCCACUUCUGAAAGUUUGUGAUGACAGUGU